AUGUCCGCCGAGCCGGCCCCUGCCUCCGCCGCCCCCGAGCCGGUCCCCGGCCCCGAGCCGCCGACGGGCGGCGGGGCGGCCGUCGAGCACCGGGCGCUGGUGCUGACGGGGUUCGGCAGCUGCGACAAGCUGAAGGUGCAGACGCGGCGCGGCGCUGACCCGCGGCCCGGAGAGGUCUCGGUGAGCGUCCGCGCCUGCGGCCUCAAUUUCGCCGACGUGAUGGCACGGCAGGGCCUGUACGACCGGCUGCCGCCGCCGCCCGUCUGCCCCGGCAUGGAGUGCGCCGGCACCGUCCGCGCCGUCGGCGACGGCGUCCGCGACCGACAGGUUGGCGAUAAGGUAAUGGUCCUGGCUAGGUCAGGGCUCUGGCAAGAAGUCGUGAAUGUGCCGGCCAGUCAGACUUUCCCAAUGCCUGAGGGGAUGAGCUUCGAGGAAGCCGCUGCUCUUCUUGUUAACUACAUCACUGCCUACAUGAUUCUGUUUGACUUUGGAAACCUGAGGCCCAACCAGAGUGUCCUCAUCCACAUGGCUGCAGGUGGUGUGGGAACUGCUGCCAUCCAGCUGUGCAAGACUGUAGAAAACGUCACCAUUUUUGGCACAGCAUCUGCCUCCAAGCACGAUCUACUCAAGGAGAGCGGGGUUUCUCACCCCAUUGACUACCGAACGAUGGAUUACGCUGAGGAGAUCCGGAAAAUCUCUCCUAAAGGUGUUGACAUUGUCCUGGACCCUCUGGGAGGAUCUGAUACAUCCAAAGCUUUUAACCUGUUGAAGCCAAUGGGCAAACUCAUCACCUACGGUGUAGCAAACCUGAUCUCUGGGCAGAAGAGGAACCUCAUGGUUAUGGCCAAAACCUGGUGGAACCAGUUCAGCAUCACUGCCUUGCAGAUCCUACAACAGAACAAGGCUCUGUGUGGCUACCACCUUGGAUAUAUGAUUGAAGAAGCUGAGCUUCUCAACAGCGUUGUAACCAAGCUGGUUAACCUGUACAGUCAAGGCAAAAUCAAGCCCAAAAUAGAUUCUGUAUGGCCCUUUGAUCAGGUGGCAGAGGCUAUGAAGCAGAUGCAAGAAAAGAAGAAUGUUGGAAAAGUCAUCCUGGUCCCUGAAGCACCCAAAAAAGCAGAGAACUAAGGAGAAGAGAUGUAGGCAGAUUAUAAAUUCAUGAUUUAACUCCCUGAUCUUUUUGGGACCUGGAAAUGGACAGAUCAGUAUCUUCCAUCUUUCACCAGUACAAGAACAUCAUGGUUGUCAUUCAGAUGAGGUUUGCAUGCUCUUGUUGUGACUGACCCUUUGCCAGAUAUGCCUCCUGCUCUCUCUUUUGAAGCCUGUUUAUUUCAUACUGUUUUUAACCGCUUGUUUCUCCACUGAAUUUCCAGACUAACCAUAUUUUUCUCUGGCAGUGAGGCUGAAGCCCCCAGGCAGUUGGUGAUUAACUGCUGCACAGCCUGUCACUGUAAAGUCACAGCGCAGUGCACUGUAACAGCUGCCAAGUAUCUGUGCAGAGGCUGAGCCCUGCUGAAGCGUUUGCACUGUCAGCUUUGGGAAGUCUGUUCAGGAGAGGAUUGGCCAAAUGUAGGAUGUUUCCUCCACAGCUGAAGGAAAACCACAGCUGGCCUAGUUUAAUUGGAGCAGGGGCUUCUUUUCUGUUCACACUUACCCGGCUCUAUUCCCUCUGCUUUCUUAGGCCACUAACACAGCCAGAUAGUAACAGCUCAUGUUGGUUUUGCCUUGACCAUCCUGGCAGUUUUUGGAGUCUAUGGCAUAUCAUACUUCAUUUGCAGUCAUGGGCUGGGCUGGGCUGUGUCUGACUACAGAAGAAAAGUUUCAAUUAGGUAACCUGAUCCUGUCCAUUUUCUAUUUCCAAAUUGUAUAGAGAGAUCUGAGCAGUGUCUGAUUCUUAGAGACCAUAAGGACUCAACUGUGUCUCAAGCGACUGAAACAAUUGAUGUUGGCUCUGUGCUUUAUUAUGUUGGGCUCCAAGUUGGUAUUGUUAGGGCUUCACCCUUGUCUUUGUAUUUCCAAGUAUUGAAUUGGACUUCACCGAGAUGGAAACAAUCCCCUGAUAAUGCUUCGUGCCGUGCCCUGUGCACUGAGGAGGUGUUGCAGUUCGGGAAGUAACUUCCAAGAGCCAGUCCUGUGGGCUGGCUGCCCAGUAGCCUGGGCUGGCUGUCCCUGUGGCACACUCUUAAUAAAGCUGUUGCCACGGUAGCAGUUAGAUGAUAAACAGCCCAGCUGUGUGUCAAGCCUCUUGACCUGCACAUUCUGAGCAGUUUUCCAUUUGCUCCUUUAGCUCAUUUGCUGCAGCAGGGCUUGACUCUUCUUCCCCUCAAUCUGUGUCUUGGGGUUCCAGUGCUGAGGGUUUAGGAGCUGCCUGGGAUGCUCCUCCCUGUACCAGAACUGUGUUUCUCUUCUACUUUUCUUUCCUUGUGUGCAUUUGGAAAUGGAGCUCUGCAGAGACCCACGCCCAGCUCUGUGAGCACCCCGAGUCCUGGGUGAUGCUGUCCCUUCCCACUGCACCCUGCUCACAGCCCUGGGCAACUCUGGUGCUGUUGGUGCUUUACUUGUCACGGAUUGUAGGUGUGGCAGGCUUUUGGGCUUCAUUUUGGAUUUGAAAUGGUGAACCCAAGGGCUCCAAGAAGAGCUGCCCAUCAUGGAGGAACUCAUGCUCCAGAAGCAAAACCCCGAGACUAGAAUCCUGCUUAACUAGCCCACAGGGAGGGCCCAGGGCCCAAGGAGGGCAGGAACCCGCUGGGCACAGGGCUGGGCACGCAGCCCCACCACCACCCAAGAGAGCCCACACCACACAGGGCUCGGUUCCUCUCUGGCCUCUCCCUCAGCCCGCUGCAGUGCAACUUGUUCAGGUGCUUGGGCUCAGUCCAGAGUUCUUUAGAAAUGCAAAGGCACAACUUCCAGGGGUCUUGCCCUGGCUAAGUUUAAAUAUUGCAACAACCCUGUUCCCUACAACCUCACAGGAGUGCUGGAGUCCUCUCACAGGUCCUUGUCAGUUCAUCUCUUGAACUUCAUAAACACAGGCUGAUAGAACUCUCAAGCACAACUUUUUACCUUUCUAAAUCCAAAAUCUUGCUGCUUCUUUCAGCCUGCCCUGUCCUACUAAUUUAAAUUGAAUCCAACAGUGUCUAAUGCUGCUUUACCAGGUGUGAAAACAGAAGGACUGCCUAAAUUGCUCAAAUGGAAAAUCUGGACCUGUUCCUCUGAGAAACUGGGCUUCACCUUGAUGGCAGGGCAGCCUGCUCAAAAGGCACAUCUCCUUUGUAAAAGGGAAAGCUGUCGUGGUGUGUUUCACGGUAACAUCCUCUCCCUGCUUUACCCUGAGCCACUCUGGUGCUCAGUGCCUUACGUGGAUGGCCUUGGGUCCGGCAGGGCUCUGCCCCGCUGCCUCCUGUGCGCCACGGGAAACAGCACCUCGGUGCCUUCUGCUGCACGGCUGGGAAGUCACUGGGGCCUUCUCCAUUCUGGCCUUUCCAAGCAUUGCCAAAAGCCCCGUUUUGACUCUUAUUAGCGCUGUUUUGUGAACGCUGGUGAUGUCGUCGGACUUUCUGUGAAUUAGCUGUUCUCUCCCCAGCUGUUGCAGCCUUUCUGGGGCUGACCUGCUGGUUCUGUACCCCCACAGUCCAUGAGACGUGUUGUAAAGCCCUUGUCUCUCCCAGGGCAGCUGUUUGGCUCCAGAGUGAGCCUUGAGUGAGGUUUUAUCAGCUGCUCCAGCCUUGGCUCUUUGGAAACAAUCCUAGCUCCUGGCUCUCUUCAGGCUCACGUGUCUUCUACCUAGAAAUUCCUGAAGCCCUUAUCAAGGCAGGAAUGCCAAGCAGUGACUGCCUGUUCCAGUUCAGCACUGGCUGUUUUGUGUCUUUUGGUAGCAACAGUGUUUUCUACAGGAAGACGAAGAUUAAAUGUAACCUUGCAAUCCUCCACCCCUGCUCAAUGCUCUUCUCAAGGCAGGUAUGGUUGGUGGUGUUUUGGUUUUUUACUUUCCUUUUUUGUGGGCCAGUAAGUAUAGAACCUAUGUAAAACAGCUUCAAGUGUCUUAAUCAAAUUAACCAGCCAGUUUGUACACUAAGGACCAAAGCAAAAAAACCAAAACGAAACCCCAGGAUAAAAAUCAUUCCACUCAAUGUUGCUUGUUUAGGGCAAAGUUGUGCUGCUGAGGAACUGGGAGAUUCCCGUACUUAAUCACGUGUGCCAUUCCAGAAGUGCAAUUUAAUGUUUCUUUUACUGAUUGUCUGACUCUAAGGUUGUGCCAUGAGGAGUCCAAGUGGAAGUGGAAGGAGCUGCUAAGCGGAGGAGGCUCUCACAGCCCUGCCUGCUGCGGGGGGCUCGCUGUGGGUGCCUCUCCUGUCAUUGCUGUAGUGGCCUCCCAGCCUGGUGCUGCUGGCCUUGGACAAAGUGCAGCUCCUUUGCUGUCACCAGGCAGCCGUUGCCACAGUUUUGACUCUUUGGUUCUCUGAAGCUCACUUGUGUUGCAAGCUGACUGCAGGAGGGGAAGGGAGCAGAGGUGGCCACCGCUUGCACAGAGGAGUGUGGCCCCUGCCAAGUGCUCUGGGAAGGAGUUCAGCUCUCUGUUUUGUUUCAGAUACCUGUACUAAGCUAGGAUCGAUUGGCCAGGGAGAAGUAAGAAGCGCUCUGUGUGGGUGAGGCUUCAGCUGGUGCAGAAUCCUGGCCUGCUGACAGCUGCUAUCAUAGGUGUAAAACCACUGUGGUUGCCUGAAGUCUCUGGUGUGCUGAGCCCUCAUGAUGGCAAAGUGUUAUUGGCAAGUAGUACAUGAGCAUGAUGUGAAAUGUGUUAGACUCUGAGUGAGCCUCUUACAGCAUAUGGUCUGGUGUGUACUGUCUGAAUCGUGUUGAUUUGCAGAUUUGUGAUACGAGUGAUGCUCAUCCUACAGACACAUAGCAAAUCUUUUGUUUAAAAAAUAUAUUUCGCUUUGUGCUUUGUAACCAAGUUGGGCAGAAGACAACUGUGCCACUGCUGUUUACAUGACUACAAUGUGUACUGCUCCUCUGUCAAAUGUUUCCAUAUGCCUUAUGUGUUUCAAAUGUUAAUUAAAGCAUAAUAAAACCUUCCACAGUA